AGUGCUUCCUGGAGCACGGAGGAGGUCACAAGUCAUGUGACGACGACUUUCAAGGUAGACUGUCUUUGAAGCUGUCCCUGAACUUACAGCUGAGAGGAACACCGCAGCCCAGAAAGCCGGGAGUGGACAUUGAUCCUGCGGGACAAAGGGGUUCGUCAUGGCGGAUGACCUAAAGCGAUUCCUGUAUAAAAAAUUACCAAGUGUUGAAGGGCUCCAUGCUAUUGUUGUGUCAGACAGAGAUGGAGUCCCCGUUAUUAAAGUGGCCAAUGAUAAUGCCCCAGAGCAUGCUUUGAGACCUGGUUUCUUAUCUACUUUUGCCCUUGCAACAGACCAAGGGAGCAAACUUGGACUUUCAAAAAACAAAAGUAUCAUCUGUUACUAUAACACCUACCAGGUUGUUCAAUUCAAUCGUUUACCUUUGGUGGUGAGUUUCAUAGCCAGCAGCAAUGCCAAUACAGGACUCAUUGUCAGCCUAGAAAAGGAACUUGCUCCGUUAUUUGAAGAAUUGAGACAAGUUGUGGAAGUUUCUUAAUCUGGCAGUGGUUUUGAUGUACACUUUAUUUUCAUUAUAACCGAUAAAAUAUCAAUCCAGCAAUCUUUAGACCACAACAGUCCUUGUAUCCAUGUACUAAAGAAAGGGUCCCUUUUCCCACCUGACACUAAAGAUAGAGCCCAUAGAAACAAUUUAUGGACAGACUGAUUUUUAUCUUUUCUUGUGUAGGGUCUUUUCUUAAUGUAGUGAGAUCUGGGGUUACCACAGAGAUGGUUCAGUACAUCACAGCUCCCAUGGAGUUAAUCCAGUCACAAAUAUGCAUGAGAUUCUAUUCAGUGGGUCAGAAUCAAAAUGGUACUUUGAUCCACUUAAGCCAUGAAGUGCUCCCUAUUAUAUAGUAUGCCCAGGCCUGCACAAUGAGGCAGACCCUUUUUAUUGUGAAUAGUAAUGAGGACAUAUUUUUCUUUAUAUUGUUUUAUUUCUUUGCAUUGAGUGUGAGGAAGAUAAAAUGGCUUAGUAAAAGUAAUAAAAUCAGUACAAUCACUAACUUUUCUAUGUAUAUAUUAUUUUACAAUAUAGAUGAAUAUUACUAAUUGAUUUGAUUCUUCUCAGAGGGUGCUGUGCUGCUCUUUAAUUAAAUUGAAAAUGAUAGCUAAUGUUUUUUUCUCCACUCUGCUUUCUAUAACCAGUCAGUGUUUUAAUGGUUGUGUGUUCUUUAUAAAAUUUAGAAGUGAUUCAUAAUUGAAUUCUGCUUCCAGUAUUGGUAUUUAUGUAAGCAUGGUAGUAAAGCCAUUUUUUUUCAUACGUAAGUAUAAAUAAAAUAGUAUUUUUUAA